UCUAAGAUGGCGGCCCCGGAGACUGGCGGCCCUGAAGGGAAGAGGUGAGGAGGCCCCUCGGCCGGAGGGCUCUGGCUGGGGCUCUUCCUCCUCGGAGCCCAGCUAUGGCUGCGGAGAGCAGCAAGCAGUUCUGGAAGCGGAGCGCCAAGCUGCCGGGAAGCAUUCAACCUGUCUAUGGAGCUCAGCACCCUCCACUGGAUCCCCGACUCACUAAAAAUUUCAUUAAGGAGCGUUCCAAGGUCAAUGCACUUCCCAUGAAGAAUAAGAAGGCCAGCAGUUUUCAUGAGUUUGCUCGUGACACCAGUGAUGCCUGGGACAUUGGGGAUGAUGAAGAUGAGGACUUCUCAUCUUUCCAGACUUUGAACUCUAAGGUGGCCAAGGCCACAGCAGCCCAGGUACUGGAAAACCACAGCAGGCUACGUGUAAAACCUGAGUGGCCUCAGGCAGUUCUCAAUGAAACUUCAACCAACUGUAAAGUCAUCAAAUCCAAUAGUGAUGCCCAGCUAUCCAGAACGCCUGACGAUGCCUGUAUGCGCAACCCACUCCACAAACAGCAGUCUCUCCCACUCCGACCCAUCAUUCCACUCGUUGCUCGCAUCUCUGACCAAAAUGCUUCAGGAGCUCCUCCUAUGACAGUGCGUGAAAAAACUCGCUUGGAGAAGUUCCGCCAGCUUCUGUCCAGCCCCAACACAGAUCUAGAUGAAUUGAGGAAAUGCAGCUGGCCUGGUGUCCCCAGAGAAGUCCGGCCUGUGACAUGGCGACUUUUAUCAGGGUAUCUUCCUGCCAACAUGGAGCGGAGGAAGUUGACCUUACAGCGCAAACGAGAAGAGUAUUUUGGAUUCAUUGAGCAGUAUUAUGACUCUAGGAAUGAGGAGCAUCAUCAAGAUACAUACCGUCAGAUCCAUAUAGACAUUCCACGGACGAACCCCCUCAUCCCUCUGUUCCAGCAGCCAUUAGUUCAGGAGAUCUUUGAACGAAUCCUGUUCAUCUGGGCCAUCCGACACCCAGCCAGUGGCUACGUGCAGGGGAUUAAUGACCUGGUCACCCCAUUCUUUGUGGUGUUCCUCUCUGAAUAUGUGGAAGAGGAUGUGGAGAAUUUUGAUGUUACAAACCUGUCUCAGGAUGUGAUGAGGAGCAUUGAAGCAGAUAGCUUUUGGUGUAUGAGCAAACUACUAGAUGGGAUACAGGACAACUAUACAUUUGCACAGCCUGGAAUCCAAAAGAAGGUCAAAGCACUGGAAGAACUUGUUAGCCGUAUUGAUGAACAGGUACACAAUCACUUCAGGGAAUAUGAAGUGGAAUAUCUGCAGUUUGCCUUUCGUUGGAUGAACAAUUUACUGAUGAGGGAGCUUCCUCUUCGCUGCACCAUUCGCCUUUGGGACACCUACCAGUCUGAGCCAGAGGGAUUCUCUCAUUUCCAUUUAUAUGUCUGUGCUGCAUUCUUGAUUAAGUGGCGGAAAGAGAUCUUGGACGAAAAGGACUUCCAGGGCCUUCUAAUGUUGCUACAAAACCUACCCACGAUACACUGGGGUAACGAAGAGAUUGGACUCCUACUUGCUGAAGCCUACAGACUCAAGUACAUGUUUGCAGAUGCCCCCAAUCAUUACCGCCGAUAGGCUCCAUGGUUCUGCCUCUGCUCCCUAUCAUCUUAGCCCAGUCCAAGACACUGUGGCAUUUCAUCACUUGAGUUCUCAAACACUCUGACAGGAACCACUCUUUGCUGUAUAAAGCUCACACUGGACUUCUGUCUUAACUUUUGCGUGUGCCUGCCACUCUGUGCGUGGAUGUGCCACUCAAACAACCAUUAGUGUCCCAUGCUGUGAUGGUGGCCUGAGCUCAGAUGGGGGAGACGUCCAAAUAAACUGAGCCUCUGAAUGCACUCCAAGCUCCAGCCUGGGUCAUCUGAGCCUUGCAGCCUCUUGUUAACCCGCCUAAGCACAGAGACACUCAUGCACUCCCAGCUGGACCUGUAUAUCCCCCCCCCCCUUCAGAUGCUGUUCAAUCAAACUCCCUAAUGAAGAUGCCUUACAAAGAGCUCUGCCCUGGGGAAUGGCAGUGCCAUUGGACUCAAGAAGCUCUCAGGGCUUAGCUUCACUCGGCGUGUCGGAAGUGCAGCAUUUUAAGGGUUAACAAGAGACAUACACUCCACACCCACCCACCCACACAAAGUUACACUCUUGUGCAGCAUGUCUCUUUGCAUAGAUUGGUACACAUGUGUUCAAAAGGCUGUCUUGUCCACACACACAGUUUGGAAUGAUACAAGUGAACAAGACAGGAUUUCUCCUGUGAUUGACUGAAUUAAUGAAUUAGUGAAUGAAUUGAAUGUCUGACCUGCUGUGUGAAUUGAACUGAAGGGGGAAGGCUGUGCUUCUAAAAAUCUUUCUGUGACAACGACACUCCUCCAAGGCAUUAUGUGUAUAUUGUGUUCUUGUGUAUAUGGGUAAAAGAUGUACAAUAUCAGUCUUCUGUUUGUAGCAGAUAUGAUUUUAUAUUUAUAAUGUGUGUCUCAAGCGUGUAAAGGCUGCCUAGGUUACAAAUAACAAUGCCCCCCUGCCUCCCCCUGCCGUC